ACUCGGCUUUUGUUUGUAUGAGGAGUCAUGUGAUAGUUUUCAGGUUGUUGACUAACGUGUGGUCAGUGACAUUAGUAGCAGGGACUGGAAGAUGAUGGGAUAGAAUACGUUAGUACAUCUGAUUCUAGUGUUUUAAACCUCUGAGAAUGGCCGAUUCCUCAGAGACUACAUGUCUGCUCUCGAGCGAUGUUCCACAACUCACUCCUCAGGUCACCAUAGAGAGACAUCAGGGGGAUGCCACAUGGGAAAUGUCCCGAAACAAGCAGCGGAGCCUCCAGACUCCAACCCUGGAGUCUGUGGAGGUGCCCAACAGUCCCCAGAACUAUACCUCGCAGAGCUUGUUAAACUUACCGGGAGAUGAGCUGCCAGACAGUCUCAAAAUCUCAGAUUUGCAGAGUCUGAUGCACCUACUGAAGGGCAAUAUUGGUACUGGGAUUCUGGCCAUGCCAAUCGCCGUCAGCUACGCAGGACUGUGGGUUGGUUCAAUAGGAAUAUUACUGCUGGGAUUUUUGGCAACACACUGUAUGCAGAUUCUGUUGAAUAGUAACAAUCAUCUCAAAACAAGGGAGAGGAAGAGAGGCGGUUCCAUUGACUAUGCGGAGACCCUUUAUCUGAGUCUGGCCAGCGGUCCAGUGUCCCUCAGGAGAUUUGCUGGUCUGGGGAGAGUGUUAAUUAACAUCUUCCUGAUGAUGACACAGUUUGGAUUUUGUUGUGUAUACCUAUUGUUUGUUGCUACAAAUGUUAAACAGGUGCUUCAUAGUAUAUGGUCAGAUGACCCCAGCCUCACAAUUUACAUCAUCGCAGUAGGAGUCCUGCUGAUCCCAUACUGCUUGAUUCGGAAUCUCGUUCACCUUGCUCCAUUUGCAACAUUCGCCAAUAUCCUGAACACUGUUGGGCUAGUCAUUAUCUUCCAGUACAUUGUUCGAGAUCUCCCUGAUCAGAGCAUCAGACCACCCGAUAAGUCGUACGAGAAACUACCAUUGUAUUUUGGAACUGCUUUGUUUACAUAUGAAGGGAUUGGCCUGGUGAUGCCAAUAGAAAAUAGGAUGAGAAACCCUUUGCAUUUUGCCGGGUGGAACGGAAUCCUAAACCUGGGUAUGGUGACCAUCUGCUCGCUGUAUACCGCCAUGGGCUGGUUUGGUUACCUCAAAUUCGGGGAUGAAUCGAAAGGAAGUGUCACUCUUAAUCUUCCAACUGAUGAACUCCUUUAUCAAUUGGUUCUCCUGAUGUUCUCCAUUUCACUGUUCAUCUCCUUUGGCUUACAACUGUAUGUCCCAAUCAAAAUCCUCUUGCCGAGUAUACAGCACCGCCUGGUGUCCAAAAGGAAGAAAGAAGGCAGUGAAUAUGUGCUCAGGAUAUCUUUAGUGGCAUUAACAGCUACUGUGGCAAUAGUGGUUCCAGAGUUGGACCUGCUUAUCUCCCUUGUGGGGGCACUGGCCAGCAGCUCUCUGGCUUUGAUCUUCCCUCCCCUCAUAGAAAGCCUGACCUACAUGGCACCCGGUGAGAAAGUUUCGGUCAUCGUCCUCAUUAAAAAUGCAGUCAUCAUGUUGUUUGGUCUGUUUGGGUGUGUGGUGGGAACAUGGGUGUCUAUAGAUGAAAUCACCAAAUAACGUCAGACUCCAUUACGGGUGGACUCCUCUACAAUUAGCAAAGUGUAACCGGACUCAACGUACCGUGAACAUCUUUUUCAUAUUGAUUUCACAUAUCGACUCUUUAUCACUGACAAACCAAGCUAUGUUCAAGAUUUUCCUAUCAUGUGAUUCGUCUUCUGGGAGCUAGUCAUCCAUUUCACAAAAUAUCUUACAACUAAGAUAAAAAAAAAAAUCUCUGUCUUUCAGUGAAAUACACAUUAAAAAUUCAAAAGCAAGAACGCAAAUUUUAUCAACCGUAGAUAUACUUUACAUACUUUUUAAAAAAAAUUUCAAAUUUUGAUAUUAGUCUUCAGAUUAUUUGUGAAAAUUACCUUAGAUAAGACACCUGAUGUAUGACAGUAUUUACAUUUCCAAUGUUUUUGCCUUUGAAAUGUUUACAUAUUGUAAUGAUAGCCUUUCCUUCGUGAACGUGCUACAGUUGUGAGCAGUCCAUGUGUACGACUUUUAAUGGCUGGGAAUUCCGACAGAAAUGAAAGCAGAUUGUAAAUUUAUAAAAAUAAAUUUAAUUUUUGAAAAUGCAUGAACGCUUCACGCCAGCAUACUUUUCAUGAAGUAAAACAGCAUGAAGCAACACAGUCCAUACCCUCGUGUAUUUUCAAAAAUGAAAUUUAUAUCUUAAAUGUCUUGCUAUUAUUGCGUUUCCACUGCUGGCAGUGCUCGAGUGGUUUUAUAUCAUUAUUGUUCCUCUUAUAGGUGAAUAGUUUUAUAUCAUUAUUGUUCCUCUUAUAGGUGAAUAUAGUUUUAUGUCAUUGUCUUAGAUUUAUUUUUGCAUACUAUUUUUAUACAGUAUAUGUAUUUUUAUACAUACUCAGAGGUUACAGGAUAUUUACAGGGGAUAAACUGGGACUACUUUUGGAUGUAUUUUUGUACAUGCUCAGAGGUUACAGGAUAUUUACAGGGGAUAAACUGGGGCUACUUUUGGAAGUAUUUUUGUACAUGUUCAGAGGUUACAGGAGAUUUACAGGGGAUAAACUGGAACUACUUUUGGAUGUAUUUUUGUACAUGCUCAGAGGUUACAGGAUACAUGUAUUUACAGGGAUAAACUGGGGCUAUUUUUGGAUGUACAUGUAUUUUUGUACAUGCUCAGAGGUUACAGGAUAUUUACAGGGGACUACUUUUGGAUGUAUUUUUGUACAUGCUUAGAGGUUACAGGGUGUUUACUGGGGAUAAACUGGGGCUAAUUUUGGAUGACAACUCAUUAAGUGACUGACCUGUUAACUUUGAUAUAUUUAAUAUUAAUAAUAUGCAAGGAACCCUUAUUUGAUUGUCAAGGGUCACAGGUCAAAGGAACCAUUAAAUGACUGCUAUUGAAAACACAUGUAAUGUACAUACACAUUUCAGAUUGAAGUUUGUGGUCUGACUAUCUUUUUCACAUUUUUUGACUUUGUACAUCUAUAGAACUAAGUGAAGUGGACCAAUUUCAACCAAACUUGUACAAAGUGUGCGUGUGUAAAUGGCCCCAUUUCAAAUUUGUUCAUAUAAAGGACCAUAUCCUCUUUUCAAGGGGAGAUAAUAAAUAUUAUGGACAUGGGAUCAGAAAAACAAACUUUAAUGCAAGACCAAUAUGGCAGGGCCACCAAUGAGAUAUCAUAUAGUACAGUACAUGAAUAAUGGAGGAAUUUAUAGAAAUUUUUAAGCUUUUUUUUUCUCAUAAAUUGCAAGGGUAAAACUUGUCAUGCUAUCCUUAUGUCAUAUAAUAUUCAAAUUGGGUCACAUUGUAACCCCUUAGAGCCAAAAAUUUAAAUCCUCCUCAGCUAGCAAAAACUGAACUACAGUAAUUAGUAUAACAAAGCUCUACUAUCAUAAAAUCAAGACCAGUUUUUUCUUAGGCGAGUGACGUAACCCAUAAGCCUCUUGUUUUUGCUGUUGUUAGGUUUUUUAACCCCAAGAAAAUAUGUUUUGUACUCGAAAUUUGUAACUGUUAGACUUGAAACAAAAAUGCCAUUUUGGAGCAGGUUUUCACUGUUUGAGGAAAAUGUGAAUUACAAUUCCCAUUCUGAAGCACAACCAAUUUUUAAUUCUCUAAAGGGACUGGUUCACGAUUUUUGAUAAAAAUAUUUUUCAUUUUUGAUGUUAAACAUUAGAAAUAUAACUCAUUUAAUGUUGACAGCCAAAAUUUUGACCUUCUGAAUGCAAGAAUAAAAGUAAUAUUUUAGCCUUAAAUAUGUGUUAUGUAAACAAAGACUCAAGUCUUUUUAUGUAAACAAACAAACAAGUGAAAUAUUGAUUUUGCAAUAUAAUGCAUCUUAAUUUUGCAUAGUAACAAAUUUUAACUUUUAGAAGACACAUUUCACCCCAAAAAUGCUUGAAAUGUGAAAGAUAUAAUAAUACUUAGAUCGAUAUCCAUUUCUUUUGAAAAUUUCGUAAACAAUAGCAUACUGCAAUCUUUGUUUACAAAACAAAUAAUAAACUCUCUAAAAUGAGCUUCUGUGAUGAUGUAUAACCUUAAUUUUCAUGUAAAAUCUUUGAAACACAUUAGACAGUAGAUUUUGAUCAUUAAAAGUGAAAAACAAAAUUUUGGGUAAAAUCGUGAGUCAGUCCCUUUAAUAGGCCUUUAAAUGUGUACUAGUAACCUUGACUAUUGCAGUAAAAAGUGGACAGCAAUUUAAAUCCAAAUUAGGAUAAUUAAAACCCCGUAUUUACUAGAAAAUACAAGAUAUCUAGCUUUGAGACUGAGCAUCACUUAAUUAUUUUUGUACAAUGUACAUUGCAUCAUUACCCAAAGAGGAGAUAUGAUUAAGGGAAAGAUAACUCAUGAUUCAAAGAGACACAUAAAUCAUUGUAAAGCAGAAAUAUUAAAAGUUGUCCAAACAUUUAUUAUGACUCGAGUGGGACUAAUCCAAUAAACAAUAUUAGAUUUUCAAGUAUUUAUUUAUUUAUAUUUUUUUGUUGGAAUUUUGUUAACUUUAAAGAAAUCUCGGGCUGAAACUGACUGUAAAUAUUGUAACAUUUCCUGAACGUCAUAUGAUACAACCUACCAUAAUCCCAGUGUCUACGAAAUUAAAAUUACAUGUUGAUGAAGUCUACCAUUGAAAAAUAUUCAAUUAUGUAUAUCAUAUUCCUUAAUUAUGUGUGAGUAAUUGAUAUUUGUGUAAUUUCAUGAGAAGGGUUGCGAAUUCAAUAUUCUUGUUUUUACUAUUUUAGUUUCAAUUUUACAUUCUCCCAAUUUUAUGCUGAUCGAGUGGUAUUUUCGCCAUAUAAUGUGCUCGCAUAUUAUACGGAACCUACAGUUAGAUGUGUAUCGGGUAUUUCUUUUACUUAUGUCAUGUGACUGUAAAACUUGAAUUCCUCUUAUGUUGAAUUAAUUUGUAUCUGUGAUAUGAAGAAUACAAAGUGACAAACCAUU